GUGGCCCGAUAAGCGCGGGCAGGAUGGCGACAUCAAUGCGCGGGCACGGAGACGACCCGAGGAGUUCACUAACACCGUCGAAGUUGCGACCGAGGCCUGCAUUUGCCGCGCCCGCGACCAGGCCCAGCGCGAGAAGCUCGCCGAGGACCUCGAGAUGCACCCGGCCUUUCCGAUCGCAGCGGCUGGCGAGGCCAUCCCUCAUAACUGCGUCUGCCACGCAUGCGGGCGGACCACUGGGGCGAGGCAGGGCGCGGAAGUGCACGUGGGCAGGGGCCGCAAAGAUCUCGCGCGCCCGCGGCCGUGGGAAAUGGGCGCGGCCUGUCGAGGCUGCCAGAUGGAAUUCCAAAGCUUCCCGCCAUUCGCGAAGCACUUGAACUCGGCGCACCGCUGCCGCGAAUGCCGGCGCGUCUGGCGCUGCAUGGCGCGGGGGUCCUUGACCGAGCAGCAGGUCGCCGGCGACCUUGCGGCCGUCGCUACGGCCGCAGCGGCCAACAAAAAGCAAGGGCGGCCAACCCACAGCGAAGUCCCCGCCUACAAGACGGACGUCACGCCACUACCGAUGCUGGACACCUCACCCGUCGCGCCGGAGGUCUACGCUACCACGCAGGCCGAGAGCCCGCGGCCUACCACGACGCCGCAGCCCGACGCAGCAGGCCAACCGGCAAUUGCAUUUCUCACUGACCGACCCAGCGCGCCAGGCGACCUCCAGCAGACGAUGGCCAACGCCACGAUCACAUCCAUGAGCGCAAUGGACUACAUCACGAUCGACACCAGCACCUUCGGGGAAGCAACGGCAUCGCGCGACGGUUUGGGCCAG